GAAUCUAAUACUUAUACUGACUUUAAAUAGUGUGGUUUGUGAAAUGAAGAUUUUAAAUUAAAAUGAAAAAUCCAGGUUAAUAAUAUAUGUACAAGUGCAGGUAUUGUAUACCAGGAUGAGUCACCCAGUAAUAAUAACAACACAAACAUCCCAGCUCCCAUGCUGGCUGUGCCUUUAUUAUACCCAGCCUCUGAUAUUAUCACCUAAUUUAAAAUGACAUUUUUUUCUACCUUCCAGAGAGAAAUUUACUGUGGGUCAUUAGCCGUCUGUCCACUUCACGAAGGUGGGCCCUUGAAAAUCUUGAAUAUUUGUGAAGAACUUACAAAGAAGCACAAACAAGUGGAACGACUAAUUAUAUAGAGCAGGUUGUAGGGACUUUGUACAAGCUGGUGAACCUUUGGGACUUGGAGAAAAUGUUGAGUAUUUGAGACUUGUUACAGUUGAAGCAGAAUGUAGAUGGAGUCUCCAUGGAACUGUGGGUGGAGUUGUGAAGGCUUAGGUGAACAGCUGAGCUGUUGACUGUCUAAAAAACUACAGCAGAGAAGGAGAAGUGAGGUUGCCACAGCCAACAUCUUCAUUGAGGAAGUUUAAGUUUAGGCAACAAAACUAAGAAGACAUGGCGUACCAAGUGGUCACCCCCUCUCAUAUGAUGGGAUUGAAGCACAGGGAGCCAGUGUUCAAGACACCUAUGACUUUCAGUCCUCGUUUGGUAGGAGAGCAGGCAAGACCAUCCCCAUCCAGAGUUGAUGUGUGGAGGGAACAGCUAGGCUUAGAUGAUGACCCGUAUGGAUGUAAUGGUCAGCCGGACAUGCCCAGCUCUGAUGAAGAAGAACUAGAGCAGUAUCAGCCACAGGAGACCUGUUCUAUGAUAGAGUACCAGGCCCUGAAGAAAGAGUUGGAGGAGAGGAAUUCACAGAGAGAUGAACUGUUGUACAAAAUUAAGAUGUUGAAUGACAAAGGAAAGAAUUACAAGGCUCGUCUUGUCAAAGAGGAGAACAACAAGAAACAGCAAAUCAAGAUCAUGAGGAAAACGCACGAAUCUCACUUAGAGGCCAAACAAAACCUAGUCCAAAACUUACAAGAUGUCAUAGAUGAACAGGAAGCUAAAAUCUUCCAACUGGAAGCAGAAAUUAAAGGGGAUGCAAGUCGCAGAUCAAAACCUCCAUCCGCGGUGAACAAGUUAGUUGAUCAGAUUCAGCAUUUAGAGUCUGAAAAGGCCGAGCUGACAGGACAGUUACUCACAGCUCAGGCAGAGCUCCAAAAUUUCCGCUCAGAGAAAGAGGAACAGGAUAGGACUACCAAAAGUGCAAUAAAUAAAUUGGAGAAAGACAAUAGGUCGUUGCAAGAGGAGGUAGUAGGCCUUAGAAACUCACAGGGCAAUGGCAGCACAGACACAGAGAAACAACUGUUGAAGUUAGAGCAGGACUGUGACAGACUGCAGAGGGAGCUUUCCGAGUCCCGCAGACUGCAGCCCAAACAACCCUAUAAUUAUGCUGCAGAGAAUGCUAAAAUAAAGAAAUUAGAAGAAGAAAAUGAGCACUUGAAAAACAGGGUGCUGGAACUGGAGACAGACUGUGCUAUAAAACAGAAGGAGCUCUCGGACUUAAAGCUCAAACACAAGGAAGACAUUCACAGGCUGACCUCAGAGAAUGUUGGUGUGAACAAGCAGCUGCGUCAGAUGAGACAAGAUCUCACCUCCCAACAGAGCAAAGAGCCUCAGGUCCACACCAAGGUCGAGAAGGUUGAAGUCGAGUCCGAGGCCAGUAAGAAGGCACUGGCAGAAGCCAUGGCCGAGAAGGAUAAGCUACGCAAUCAGAUCACGACAUACCAAAGAAUGUACAAUGACAGCAACAAACAGUUGACUGCAGAGAAAAUCAAAGUCACUGAUCUUGAAAAGAGGUUAAAGGAGUACGAGAAGCAGAUGGAGGUUGUCAAGUCGGAGAUGAUGAGGGAGAUGAAACAGCUGGAGCAGACCAAGUCUCAUGCCGUGGACCAGGCUGCCAAGAGGGCCGAGGAGAAGAUGAUGUCCCUGAACGCCAACUACACACGGGCCAAGCUGGGACUUCAGAUGCUCUGGCCUCAGUUUACGCAACUGGUAAAGGAGCACAAAGCAUUGAAGAAGGACAUGUCUGCCUUUCCUCUCCUCAUUAAGCAGACCGUGGGAAUGACACUGAAAGAGAUUAGCAAAGCUGUCCAUAAUGUCAGUGAGUACAACAAGGAACUAGUCAGGAAGUACAAGAAGGAGAUGCAGUUGAGGAAAAAAUACCACAAUGAGCUUGUGGAACUCAAAGGAAACAUCCGUGUUUUCUGUCGUGUCCGUCCAAACAUCCGUGAAGAUGGCAGUGGUCAGCAGGCCCAGUCAGUGGUCAGUUAUGACCAGGAUGAUGAUGGACUGCUGUUCAUCAAUAACAAAGGUGGACGCCUCCAGACAUUUGAGAUGGACAAGGUCUUCACAGAGGACAGCACUCAGACAGAGGUAUUUGAUGAAGUGAAGGCACUGGUGACGUGCUGUGUGGAUGGAUACAAUGUCUGCAUAUUUGCCUAUGGUCAGACAGGGUCUGGAAAGACUUAUACUAUGGAGGGCCCCAGUGAAGACCCAGGCAUCAACCAGAGAGGACUGAUGGAGCUGUUCAGGGAGACUGCUGACAGGGCUCUGGAGUGGCAGUAUGACAUCACAGUCAGUGUAAUGGAGAUCUACAAUGAAAUGAUCAGAGACCUUUUGAGUUCUGACCCCAGCUACAAGAUGGAGGUGAAGAUGAGCCCCGAGGGGGGUCUGUAUGUCCCAGGGCUGACCACCAUCAGGGUCCAGUCUGUGGAGGACAUUAACGAGACCUUUGCCCUAGGACACAGGAACAGAGCGACAGCAUGCACAAACAUGAAUGAGCAUUCCUCGCGCUCGCAUGCUCUGCUUUGUGUGAAUGUGAUUGGGAGAAACAAAACUACUGGAGCCAAGACUGUGGGCAAGCUGAACUUGGUUGACUUGGCUGGCUCUGAGCGGGUGAAUAAGUCUGGUGCGGACGGUGCCCGUCUGAAGGAAGCCCAGAACAUCAACAAGUCCCUGUCCUCCCUGGGUGACGUCAUCCAGUCCCUGAGGAACAAGCAGGCUCAUGUUCCCUACAGGAACUCCAAGCUCACCUACCUCCUGCAGGACUCUCUGGGUGGUGACAGCAAAACCUUAAUGAUAGUCCAAGUUGCCCCAGUGGAGAAGAACGUGAACGAGACACUUUCCAGUCUGAGUUUUGCGCAAAGAGUGCGCACAGUGGAAUUGGGCAUGGCCAGUAAGAAGACAGAGUCCUCCGAGGUGGCUGACCUUAAGGAGAGGCUCGCACAGUAUGAGGGUGGGCGCUCUACGCCAACGAAAGGCACUUCUUCCCGGGCAACGUCAGCGGUAAAAAGAAACAAGUUCACUGUGUUUUAUCGUACCACCAGCAUAGGUGCUGGCGGUACACAUGGUUUUAGUCCCGACCUGCAUGUUCUGCUGGCUCAGCCACCACAUCACCGUUACGGCUUCUCCUCCUAG